AGGUUUACAGUUGGAGACAACCACCAUCUCACCUUUAUCAGUCGAAUCAUGGGUCUCAACUCCUCCAAACUAUCCCGAUCAACUGCAACCGCCGUAGCUCAGAAGAAUGUUAAACCACCACCUACGAAAUCGGCCCCGAGUGGUGUGAGUUUCAGAAAAACGAAUGAAAUCAAGCAGGAUGGCUUUGAUCCUCACCUCGGUCACAUGUUGAACAAGUUAGGCCCGGUCCAAGUACCUAAGUUAUCGACAAAUUUCCAUCCGAAAGAUAACAUGUUAAGAAUCUUAGAGAACAGGGGAAAUGAUUCCUCCGAUCGUACAAAUGAACACGAGCUAUCAUCAUCACCUUCCACCACACAAAACCCGACCAGGAAACGUGAAACGAGAUUGGACUUGAUGACGAUCGUAGAAUUGAUUAGACGACAUCAUAUUAAGCAAGGAAGUAUCGAUCCAUCAUUCUCAAAUUUCGAUCAAGAAGAUUUGGAAAAGCUAUCAAAAAACAUCGACCCAGAUACUUAUCAGUACUUAAUUCGACAUUUCCAUCCGAUCGAUAAUGUCAAAUUGGUCAAGAAUCCUAAUCCAAACCAACGUGAUGAACCUAUCAAAAUGGCUUAUUGGUCUCGACCGCUACCCCAAACAUCCAAGUCAAUGUAACCUAUAAAAUGAAUGUAUUUUUCUCCUACCAGCCUAGACCUGACGUUUUUAAAUGAACACAAAUCGGAUUUCACAAUCCCAGAGCUCAUCAAGCUUGCUCAAUCUACAUUGUAUAUAUACCCAGCCUUUUACACCAACGAUGUUACAGCUGAUUUGAAUUUGCUCAAUACGGUCGAAGAUUCCGACUCGUUUCUUGUACCUGGACUCUGGAGUAUCCUUCCGGGUAAGAGGAAGAAGAGGGAUAUGCGAGACUGGAGUGUGGGCUCCCAAGAAGCUCUCUAGAGUUUUUCUUUUCCCCUGGGUUCUAGGACCUACCCGACUCGCUCAUGUGGCAAUCUUGGAAGACCCUAGCAGAUGAACUACUGUCUUGCUCGUGCUGCACUAAGCCUGGCCAGAGACUCAUUUCUAUUUGCCCAAAAUUUCUCACUUCCAUUGUGUACCUUAAAAAAAGCAUUGCGAAUACAUAUCCCAUCCUCAUGCUUCGUGGAG